AAAAUUAAAAAGUUUAAGUUUAGAUCUUUGUGAGUUCCGAUGCUUUACGACAGCACACAGCAUUACGACAGUGUCCGGGAGUCGGCGCGCAAUUUGUAAACAUUAGCCGCGGCUUCUCGCUAAGUUUUUAAUUUGCAUGUUUCGACCAGUUAACCCCGCUCUUUCUGUGUGUAACAUACAGAAGUGUAGUUAUUUAACGGCGGACUGGUCCUUAGCUCCUCUCUAGUUGACUGCCUCAGUUGUUGAGAGCGGAUAUUAUGUGAGCUUCACCCGGCGUUAGCUAACAGUCACAGUUCCUCCUAGACAACACUGACAUGCAGUCAAAGUGACACUGGAGGUCCGGGAGCUGCUUGUCCAGGCGGCUAGUUAUGCUAGUGCUCCUCUCCGGGAGAUCCCUUGUUCGAUCGGGACUACAGAGGCUGAAGCUCCGGUGGAGGUGUUACUGCAGCGGGCCGGGGAGCCAGCACACCCCGCAGGCAGACAUGAUCCGCAGGACGCAGAUCAAGCGAGUCCUCUGCGUGGCCGAGAAGAACGACGCGGCCAAAGGCAUCUCCGAGAUCAUGUCCGGCGGCAGAGCCAGAAGGAGAGAAGGGCUGUCCAAGUUUAAUAAAAUCUAUGAGUAUGAAUAUCAUCUCUUUGGCCAGAACGUGUCGGUGUCAAUGACAUCAGUGUCGGGGCAUUUAUUGGGCUUGGAGUUUAAAGCGCCGUUCCAGAAGUGGCAUAGUUGCAACCCUGUGCUGUUAUUUGAUGCCGAGGUGGAGAAGUAUUGUCCCGACAACAUGGUUCAAAUCAAGCGGACGCUAGAGAAGGAAGUGCGACAGUGCCAGGCCUUAAUCAUCUGGACUGAUUGUGACAGAGAAGGAGAAAACAUUGGCUUUGAAGUCAUAGAUGUCUGCAAAGCAGUGAAGCCCAAUUUACAAGUGUUUCGGGCGAAGUUCUCUGAGAUCACCCCCAACUCCAUCCAGAGAGCCUGCGGGACUCUAACGGAACCAGACGCCAACGUUAGCGAUGCUGUUGAUGUUCGACAGGAGCUGGACCUGCGGAUAGGUGCAUCCUUCACUCGAUUCCAGACACUUCGCCUUCAAAAGAUCUUCCCAGAGUCUCUGGCCAAUCAGCUGAUCUCAUAUGGAAGCUGUCAGUUUCCCACUCUGGGCUUUGUGGUGGAGCGAUUCAAAGCCAUCCAGGCCUUCAUACCGGAGAUUUUCUACAAGAUCAAAGUGCUUCACGAGGUUGAGGAGGACUCGGUAGAGUUCGGCUGGAAAAGAAACCGCCUCUACAACCACACAGCCUGCCUGGUGCUCUACCAGAUCUGCAUGGAGGAUCCCAUAGCAACAGUCACCUCAGUAACCAGUAAACCCAAGAGCAAAUGGAGACCACUACCUUUGGACACUGUGGAGCUGGAGAAACUGGCAUCACGAAAACUAAAAAUAAGUGCCAAAGAGACCAUGAAAAUUGCAGAAAAACUCUAUACCCAAGGGUUCAUCAGCUAUCCCCGCACAGAGACCAACAUGUUCCCCAGAGAUUUGGCCCUGGCCCCCCUGGUUGAGCAGCAGACGCAGAGCCCAGCCUGGGGGACGUUUGCCCAGCGGGUCAUGGACCAGCCGGGGGGUCCCAACCCAAGGCAGGGCAAGAAGUCAGACCAGGCCCAUCCCCCCAUACACCCCACCAAGUAUACCAACACACUGCAGGGCAACGAGGCACGUCUCUACGAGUUCAUUGUCCGCCACUUCCUGGCUUGUGUAUCCCAGGAUGCUUUGGGGCAGGAGACUGUGGUUGACAUAGAUAUCGCCCAGGAGAAGUUCUCUGCCUCGGGGCUCAUGAUCAUUGCCAGGAACUACUUGGACGUUUACCCCUAUGACAGGUGGAGCACCAAGGUGAUUCCAGUAUAUGAGCAGGGUUCCCAGUUCCAGCCGUCGGCUAUAGAGAUGGUGGAUGGGCAGACGAGUCCUCCUCAGCUGCUCACUGAAGCCGACCUCAUAUCCCUGAUGGAGAAACAUGGCAUAGGCACCGAUGCAACCCAUGCAGAGCACAUUGAAACCAUUAAAAGUCGCAUGUAUGUGGGCUUGACUGCUGACCAGAGGUUCCUCCCUGGAGAGCUGGGCAUGGGACUGGUGGAGGGGUAUAACUCCAUGGGCUAUGAGAUGUCCAAGCCGAACCUGCGCGCUGAGCUGGAGGCAGAUCUCAAACUUGUAUCAGAGGGCAGGAAGGACAAACGGAGUGUCCUUCAGCACCACAUCCUGAAAUAUAAGGCCGUCUUCAUUGAGUCUGCCAGAAAGGCCAAAAAGUUAGAUGAAGCUCUGUCCCCAUACCUGGGUGCGGCUCAGGAGUUCACCGAACAGGAGCAGCAGGACAUGGAGAUCCCGCUCCCUGUCAGGAAGUGCCCACACUGCAGGAGGGACAUGGUGCUGAAGAAAAGGAGGGAGGGCAACGGUAAGUUCCUGUCCUGUAUGGGCUACCCAGCCUGUAAGACUGCAGUCUGGUUCCCCGACACCGUGCUGGAGGUCAGCAGGGACGAGAGCGUCUGUUCCACUUGUCAGCCUCACCCGGUUCACAUGUUAAAGUUCAAGUUCCGCAGGGGUAGCCUCCCUCCGAUGAUGCCGUUGGAGUUUGUUGGUUGCAUUGGCGGAUGUGAUGAGACUCUGAGGGAGGUGCUUGAUCUGAAAUACCUUCAAACAGGAGGAAGUGGAGGAGGAGAUCCUCGCCCACCAGUCCCCAGGCCUCCUAGAGCAGAGCCACCCCGAGCCCCUAGGGCAAAUCCUCGUCCUUCCGUUCCACCUCCUGGGCCCUCUUGGGUUCCCCAGCCACGGGCCCCGUUGGCCAGUGGUGGUGCCAGUAGUGCAGACCCCAGCAGUGACGUCGUUGUGUGCAACUGCGGCCAGGAUGCGCUUCUCCUUACCGUGCGCAAGGACGGCCCCAACCAAGGACGCCAGUUCUACAAAUGCAGCGGUGGAAACUGUAAUUUCUUCCUGUGGGCAGAUGAGCCAAUCCAGCAGGGGGUGCCACAAGGCAGAGCUCCUCCACUGCCAGCACUGAGGACCUCCCACCCCCCCAGGCCCUCUGUGGGCUUUGGGAACAUCCCUGGAGGUGACAGAGGGCCGGGAGGGGCGGCAGGAGGACAGUCGGGACAGAUAAUGUGUAACUGCAAUGAGGCAGCAGUGACACGCACGGUGCAGAAGGACGGGCCAAACAAAGGCCGCAUGUUCCACACCUGCGGGAAACUGAGGGACCAGCAGUGUGGAUUCUUCCAGUGGGCUGAUGAGAAUGUGCCUCCACCAGGUUCAGGCGGUCUCGGCGGUGGGUUCAGCGGUGGCAGAGACGGAGGGAAGCAGGGGAGGAAGAACACAGGAGGUCCCACACUUAACAAACCUCCCGCUGCUAAAAAAGCACGCACCUGCGGCAUCUGCCACAUGCCGGGACACACCCGAGUCACCUGUCCACAGAGAUGACCGCCACAGAGGACAGGCGCACUCUCCCUGUCACAUUUAAAGUGGAUCUUUGGAGGUGUUUUGUUUAUCGCUGCCUGGCCCUGACAACAAUCGCCGACCACUUCCAGACCAUAGUAAUCAAAAACAGCCUAAUAGCUUGCAAAUGUGUGACUUAAGUUGAGUACCUCGCUACAAAGUAGAGAUCUGUGGGUGAAUUUUACAAGGAAAACUCCACCCCAUGCGGUGCCAAUCUGUUUUAUUGUAAACUGACAUUUUUUAACCAGUUCCAGCAGGAUCAACUCAUGCAAGUAUUUUGGCUCGAAACAAAGUCACAACUUGUAUUUCUCAGAUGUGCAACACGUUGACAACUUUAGUAUAUAAAAAAUAAUAAGAUCCCUAAGCAUUUUUUGUUCUGGGUGUAUCAUAAGAACCAGGAUUGAUUUCUCAGGUCUCCUAGCUCGGUCGAAAUGUCUCUUUUUCUGGGCGCCAGCAGGAGAGUCAGGGUCCGUUUUGGGCUGGUUGGACUCACUAGAGCUGUCAGAUGCUUGUGAGACAGAUCCUUGCAUCCUUGAAGCCUUAAAGCUUACAACAGCUGUGAAAUAACGUGCAUGUGCAGUGUAUGUCUACUUGACACCGGCUGAACGCUGAUAGCCUCAACGCUGCUGGAGAGAGAGCGCUCGGAUGGAAGAUGACACAGCGUAGACGUGCACAUGGAGGUGGAGCUCGACCACUCUCGCAGCUCGGAGAUGUUCUCAAGUUCAGUAUCCUGAGGGUGUUUGACAGGCAGCGGGAACAUCACUCAGCUGGCCUUGGAUCCAGCUCAUCUCGCAACUAUUGUGCUUCUCUCUGCUCACAAUCUUGACAACAUGAGCCCACCAGGAGAAAAGCUGUGUUGAGACAGAGAGAAAUAAAUAAAUGUGUAUUUUAAAAAAAGGAAAAAUAUAUGCAUAUGAAGGAGAAUAUGCUGAUAUAUGCUAAUGGGUUGCAGCACCCUCACCAUUUCUAGCAUUUUACACUGGUGAGCUGUCUUGCUGUUGAAUAAACAGCGAAAAUUUUAUUAUUAUUGUGUAUUGAUCUGCAAAUAUGUGAAUUGUUUUGUUUUACUGAAAUUUCAAGUUCAAUAUUGUUAAAUAAAUCUAAAUCUAACGGGUCA